AUGCCGAAGUCCGAACGGCAAGUUGAAGAGUUGUUAAAGAAAGGAAUUCGGCCAGGAGAUGAGUGGAAGACCACUUUCAAGACCAAAGAUGGCUUAUAUGAGUGGAAUGUGAUGCCUUUUGGGUUAACAAAUGCCCCUAGCAUAUUUAUGCACUUGAUGAAUCAGAAGCUUUAUGCAAAUCUCAAGAAGUGCACCUUCCUUACCAGCAAAGUUGUGUUCUUAGGUUACAUCAUUACCACAGAGGGUGUUCACAUUGAUCCAAGCAAAGUUGCAGCCAUUGACAACUGGCUAAUUUCAAAAUCUAUCCAGGAGGUUCGAAGCUUCCACAGAUUAGCUUCUUUCUAUAGGAGGUUCAUCCGUAAUUUUAGCUCAAUUGCUGUACCACUUACAGAUUGCAUCAAAGGAGAGAAGUUUCAGUGGAUUGAGCAAGCUCAAAAAAGCUUUGAGGAGCUUAAGAAGAAGUUGACUGGAGCUCUAGUCCUCGCUCUUCCUAACUUUGACCGAGUGUUUAAAUGGGAUCUUAUUCUUGCUCAAGUUGAGUUUGCUUAUAAUAACUCUGUCAAUCAAGCAACUAGGAAGUGUCUAUUUGAAGUUGUUUAUGGCACACAUCCCCUUAGUCCACUAGACUUGACCCCUUCACUUGAUAAGCAACAAUAUAGCUCUAAUGCUGACCAAAGGGCUAAGGAAAUUAAGAAGUUGCAUGAGCAACCAAACACCAAGUUGUCCCCAAGAGCUUAUGGUUCAUUCAAGAUAGUGCAAAAGAUCAACAACAAUGCUUACAAGGUUGAAUUACCUGGUUCUUAUGGUGUAUCUGCCACCUUCAAUGUUGUUGAUCUAUCUCCUUACAUUGAUCAUGAUGCCGAAUUUGACUCGAGGACGAGUUCUAUCGACCUUGGGGAGGAUGAAAUAGAAAACACAGAAAUGAAAGCUGAUGAAAAUGGCAGAAAACGGAAGCUGAUAAAGAUGCUAAAACGUUCUCCAUUUAAAAGCAUUCAAAACUCAUUUAAUAUGCAUGAGGGCCUCCAUAGCCAACUGGAUCAGAUUGACUUCAGGCUCUACCACAUUAAGCUAUUCUUGCAUCAGAGAUUUCAGAUGGACUUGCCAAAGGAAGAAGAAGAGGCCAAUAUUAAUGUUGACCAAGACUUAGACAUUCAUGUUGGCUAG